AUGACUGUUGAAAUACCCGAGGUUGCUGUUCCAGGCCAGCCGUUAACACCGCUACACCAGCUGGACCCAUCGACGAAACAGAUAUCCCGCUUCCAGCCUGGUGAUGGUGCUGUGGUGCAAGAGGUUAGGGUUGGUGGUACUGUACAGAAGGUCAUCACUGCAACGCUUGUGGGCAGAGUGGAAGUUGAGAGCACGGAGGUGGACAGUGAUAAGGAUGGCAAGGAGGAGAAGCAACGAGUGAUGACGGUAUCUGUGGUACCGCCAAAUCAGAACAAAUUUGACAAGAUCAAAUUCACAAACCAUUCUCCAAAGGAAGGGGACGUUGUACUUGCACGCAUCACAAGACUUUCCCUGAAGCAAGCAUACGUUGAGAUUCUGGCGAUUGAAGGGUCCGGCAAUGUGCUGAGCGAUUCAGGCAUCGGCUCCAACGGCGAUGGCGAAGUUGCUGCGUGUGGGGGUUCUGGUGGCGGUACCUUCUCCAUACACCUUGGCUCAUCUGAUCUUGGAGAGACGUUCAAAGGUGUGAUCAGAUCACAGGAUGUUCGCUCCACGGAGAGAGAUCGUGUUAAGAUCAUCGAGAGCUUCAGACCUAAUGAUAUAGUACGCGCACAGGUGAUUUCCCUUGGUGACGGUGCCAAUUACUACUUGACCACUGCCAGAAACGACCUAGGUGUUGUAUUUGCCAAAGCCCACAACGGCACCGGUGGUAUGAUGUAUGCAAUUGAUUGGCAGACGAUGGUUUGUCCAUCUACAGGUGAAUUAGAACAGAGAAAAUGUGCCAAACCAUUUUAA